GAAGCAACAAGCGAGCCGCGCUCCCUCUCUCUCUUCACCCCCUCCUUCACCAAGUCAAGCUCCACGACAAUGUCCGCCCCCAACGAAGCCGACGACCAGGUGGAGCUCUUCAAGGUGAAGAAGCUUAUCAAGUCUCUCCAGGCCGCUCGCGGCAACGGCACGAGCAUGAUCUCGCUGAUCAUCCCUCCGAAGCAGCAGAUCCCGCUCAUCUCCAAGAUGCUGGCGGACGAAAUGGGUACGGCCUCCAACAUCAAGUCGCGCGUGAACCGCCUGUCGGUGCUGGGCGCCAUCACGUCCACGCAGCAGCGCCUCAAGCUCUACAGCAAGUGCCCUCCCAAUGGGCUCAUCAUCUACUGCGGCACCAUCAUCACGGACGAGGGCAAGGAGAAGCGCGUGAACAUCGACUUCGAGCCCUUCCGCCCCAUCAACACGUCGCUCUACAUGUGCGACAACAAGUUCCACACGGAGGCGCUGGGCGAGCUGCUGCAGGACAACGACCGCUUCGGCUUCAUCGUCAUGGACGGUAACGGCGCGCUCUACGGCGCCGUGUCCGGCAGCAACCGCGAGAUCCUGCACAAGUUCAGCGUGGACCUCCCCAAGAAGCACGGCCGCGGUGGUCAGUCGGCGCUGCGUUUCGCGCGCCUGCGUCUCGAGAAGCGCCACAACUACGUGCGCAAGGUGGCGGAGACCGCCACGCAGAUGUUCAUCACGAACGACCAGCCCAACAUCUCGAACCUCGUGCUGGCCGGUUCCGCCGACUUCAAGAACGAGCUCAACGGCAGCGACCUGUUCGACAAGCGUCUGGCCGCCAUCGUGGUCAAGGUCGUGGACGUGUCGUACGGUGGCGAGAACGGCUUCAACCAGGCCAUCGAGCUGGCCGCCGAGACGCUCGCCAACGUCAAGUUCGUGCAGGAGAAGAAGCUCAUUGUGAGCUACAUGGAGGAGAUCGCCCAGGACUCGGGCAAGUACUGCUUCGGCGUGGGCGACACCAUGAAGGCGCUGGACCUGGGCGCCGUCGAGACGCUCAUCCUGUGGGAGGACCUGCCGCACCACCGCUACGUGCUGCGCAACGAGUCGACCGGCGCCGAGACGGCCAAGAUCCUGUCGCCGAGCGAGGAGACGGUGGAUUCGAAUUUCGUGGACGCCGAGACGGGCGCCAAGCUCGAGACCGUGGAGCGCACGCCGCUCGUCGAGUGGUUCGCCAACAACUACAAGCAGUUCGGCACGACGCUCGAGUUCGUGACGGCGCGCUCGCAGGAGGGCUCGCAGUUCUGCCAGGGCUUCGGCGGCAUCGGCGGCAUCCUGCGAUGGAAGGUGGACUUCAUGGAGAUGGACUACGAGUUCGACGACGACGACGACUUUGACGAGGACGCGUUCAUGUAGAAGUAAUUAUUGCGUGACGCUGACGUGCGCUUAGUUAGGAAAAACGAGGCGUCACGCACCGUGGCGCUGCGGGAGGAACGAGCGCAAAGACAACUGAAGACUGCAUGUGCUUUUCACGAGCUGUUCGGCUGAAGAAGGGAAGGGUGGCGUCCGCUAUAGAGUUGGGAGAGCAGAGCAGAGCAGAGCUGCGAGCGGCGCACCCCGGACGAGCUGUAAACACCCAGUGAGGCGAGGAAUACACGACCGAUUCCAUGCUUCCUG